AUGCUAAAGUACAAUGCUACUCAAUUGUUCAUUGAGACAUUCGACAGCAUACCAAACAAGUCGUCCAGACUCAUCUUUAGACUCAUGAUCAAGGCAUUCAAAUGUAACAACACAGUGGCGUUCAAUCAUAUCAUUCAAUCAUUCUCAAAGAAUGCUGAUGGCAGUGGUAGUGUAUUGGUCGACCUCAAUGAUAAUGGCGCGUUUAUUGUCAUCAAGUAUGGCAACAUUAACAUGCUCAGGGCCUACCUCGCGGUGGACUCGUUGCGCAGUAUCCCCUUUGACAAGUCACAUCUGGCUGCUGCCGUGGACACUGGCAACAUCGAGUUUGUUCGCCUCCUGUUCCAAAAUCAUUGCUUUGAUCAGAAGGGAUCAGAAAGGGCACCCGCUGUUGGCUUUUUCAAUCGGCCUGGAAUCAGCAUCGCCAUGCUCACCAUGUUGCACGAAGAGUUUGACGCGCUCUUUAAAGACGACUUCUGGAACUACGCACUCGCUCACUGUAUAGAUUGCCGCGCGACCGACAGCAUCUACUACAUCGUCAAGCACACGACAGGCAUCGCAGCCACGAUGCGCGACGCAGGCAUACCAGACAACUGCAGAGUCAUCGACCUGCUCAUGACCCACUCUGACAUUUGUGCUCAGCUCUUGCUACACUCUGAUCAACUCAACGCAAUAAUCGAGACUGCUGUGGAGGAUGGGGCGGAGGACGUCCUCAAGUUCCUCUACUCCAAUCACUUGAACGAUAUGUUCGAAAGUUCGCAGAUAUUGUUGUGCAAAUGGUUGGGCGUUGAGUUUGCCGAUGGUGACGAACAGGCCGACUUGUCACUCACCAAGCUCAGAGUGAAGCCAAGGUAUGCCAUCAACAUGGACGACAUUGAUCUGAUGGAGUCAAUACUUCCCGAGUUGGACACGAUUGAUGAUGAACUUUGGCAAGAUAUGUCCACGGCAAUGGCGAGACACAUCACCAAUCCUCGUCUCAAUCAUUUGGCACCCUACAACAAGAGCUCUCUCUGUUAUUUGGUCAAGGUUGCAUCAAGUGACAAGAACAGAACCAUCAUCACCGAGGACAUGGUACUCAACUUCAUUGAUAAUUGUCAACUUCCAAAGACCAUCGAUCGUGAAGAUGAUGUUGAUGAGAAUGGUGACGAUGACCUAAUGGGUGAGGUUAUGCAAGCCUUCGAGGAUGCCUCUGGAUACUCAGUGGCAGUGAUGCAGAAGAUCCAGAAAUCAUAUAGUCUACACUACACACGGGAAUGCUUGCAGAACGCACUGAGCAAGAAGAAUGCCAAGACAUUGGCCAUCAUCUUGGAGCAAGUGGUCUCGGAACAGUUGGCAGAAUGGUCAUUCCAUGAUGAUAUCAAAGAAGGAGCAUACAAAUUGAUCUCAACAGAACAAUUGAGCACGGUUAUAUUGGUGCUGGAUCAUCUUCCAUCAUUCAAAGGUGAUGCCAUUGUUUGUGAAUGGGCGAUAAUCAACAUAGACAUUGCCAUUCUCCAGUAUGUCUUGAGCACUUUCACACCAGAUCAGAUUGAGCUCAACAAGCUCAUCAACAUGGCCAUGACCACCAACAACCUCAAUGCACUUCAGGAGCUCACUGGCUUCAUUGGCAAGCCUCUUCCAAUGCCCAGUCUGGCGACAUUGUUGGAGGCCGUCUGGUACAAUUGCUAUAUAUCUCUGGAGCACUUCUUUGAUACCAUCCAAUUCAAGAAUCUGUCCAAGAUCGAAAGAUUGAGAACACUAUACUCACUCCUGGAUAUAGCCACCGACCAAGGCCAUUCUCGGAUCAUCAAACAUUGCACAUCCCUGAUCAACGAUAUCAACUCAAACAAAAAGAGAUCACGUGAAGAGUCUGAAGAUGUAGUUACCAACAAUUGUGAUGGCGAGAAGAUGGUUGUGCAAGCAUCUUCACGAUUGGAAACAGCUAUCCACUUAGUGUUCACGGACAAAAAGCUGUGCUCACACAUUGUUGAGUGUGUUGGACAUGUACACAAAUCACUUGGUGUCCAGGAUGAGUGUAGAAUCAAGGGUGCUCAAUUGUUAUCAAAACACAGCUUGGUACAGUACAUUAGGUAUGGCGCGUCAGAGUGGUUCAUCAAGGCAUACUCAUCAGUGUCGGACACAUACCCAUUGGAAUGUAAUUUGAUGGACACCGCAUUUAUCUUUCCCAACACAGCCAUCUUGGACACAUUAUUGACCAAUCCUCGAAUGUUCCUCAAUGAUUUCGGAAGCAAUUCAUACCAGCAUUUGAAUGAGUUGGUCAUCGGAAUCUGCCCACACUCGCAACCAGAAUGGGAGAGCGUGUUGGACAAGUUCCUGGCCAUCUCAUUCAUGCAUCCACAAGACAUUGAGAUCACUGAGGAGGUGAUGCAGCAAAUCCUCCAUCCAGAUGUGAUACGCAAGCUCAUGGCACUUGGAUUCAAGCUAAAGACAAUCGUAACCGACUCCUCUAACAUCGAAGCAUUUGGUACUGUGUGGCUACAUAAACCAUGGGCACUGGAGAUGUUCCAACUGAUGGAGGAGCACAAGUUGAUGUCACCACAUGUCCAAGCCUCUCUACAUGAGGUGGCCGUGUCACUUGGCAUCACAUCAAUCGUUCGAUACUUUGUUGACACGAAGCUGGACCAAGUGUUUGACUACUAUGACAACAUCGAUGGCAAGCGGGAGAAUGGGCUGUUCUCCAGCCUAAUGCAACCUGGGUGCAACGAUGAGAUUGUGGAAAUUGUGUUUCCUCGCAUUCCAUUCGAAGGCCUCAAGAGACGGGCGAGGUAUUUGCUCGAUGACGUUGCGAGUAAUGGCAAACUCAAGCUGUUCACACUCUUGAUGAAGGCGAUCAAUGAUGACAUUGACAACAUUGUCGAUGCCACGCAUACAGAUGAUGAGAGCGAACAUUAUAUCGAUCCCUAUGACGGACUGAGCUCCGCGCUCGCACACAACAGUGACAUUAAGUUGGUCGACUUCAUACUCAGCUCAGAAGUACCAUCCUACGCAACGUACAGCAUCUUUAAGAUCAAAUCCAAGAUACUGUCAAUGGAGUUGGUGCAGAGACUAAUGACCAUCGGUCCAGCCAUCAGCUGUGUCUUUAGUAAAGUAUUGGGUCAGGCUAUCAAGGUUGGCAACAAAGAGAUAAUCGAGAUGAUGUGGAAUUCAAGUAGUGAUAGUAGUCAUACUGGCCACAAAUUCAGCAUCGACUAUCAUGAUGCCUUCAAGAAGGCACUGAACGUUGGUGAUAUGGACAAUGUCAAGAGGAUCAUCGCCACUCCAAAGUUCGCCAAUCACAAGAAUAACUUUGUAUACAGUAGGGAGCACUUCAUCAAAUGCAUAGCCAAGGAACCAGUGUCCACGGACAACAACAACAACAACAACUUCCUGAUAACAGACGAAAUGAUAAUUGAACUUGGCCAGGUACUUCUCCAUCCUGAUUCACCAAAUUCGGGCGUGACUCCAGCAUUCAACAGUCUACUUCAUGCUGCCGCGGGAAGAUCACUGUCCACCAUCAAGUUGGUGUUUGAACACUUCUCUUGGUGGAUGACCGAACGUAAUCAAGACUUCAAACAUAUCUUGAGAAAACCACUACACAGAUGUAUCGAAAGAGGUGAUAUUGAAUCAAUCGCAUAUCUCAUGGAGAAGGCAACAGAUAGCAAGAUCCUUCCGCGGGACCUCCUCCAACUAGUCCCCGCGCCAAAGAUCUCUCACGCGCCAGUGGUCUCAUUCCUCAUGGACAAUGGCUACCUCAACCCUGUUGACAUUGGUCGUCUGAUGGAUUGGGCUUGCAAGAAGGGGCAUAUCCAAGUCCUUCAAACUGUUUACAAACGAUGCACAUCACCUGAUGAGUUGUACAACAGUAUCCCAUCAAUGGAAAGUCUUAGCAAAGCAUCGACCAAGAACAGAUACCAAGUGCUCUCAUAUCUCUUUGAAGACCAAUAUGAUGAUGUGGAUGGAACUGGAACUCGUGUGUUGAUGCCAUCACCCAUCAACCGAGCAUGUUUGGAGCAAUCAAGGAUUGAUCUCAUGCUCUAUGUGAUCCUCCAUCAUGGAGCCUUCCAGCAUGGAAAUGUGAACAUCAUUGCCAUGUGUGACCGCAUUGCCAAGCAGAGGCAACAACACGCCAUAGCCUAG